AUGGCUGCAGUUAUUACUGCUCGACUGUGCACUUAUGUUCGCAAUGCGUUGGACUGCCAAAUUGAUCGUAUUGUCUGUUGGACUGAUAACUCGUCCACUCUUCACUGGAUACGUGGUUCACCUUCACAAUGGAAACCAUUUGUUGCGAAUCGCGUUAUGGAAAUUCAAUCGCUGUUAGAUCCAUCGGUCUGGAGAUACUGCCCUGGACCACAGAACCCGGCUGAUGUACCCACUAGAGGAAUGUCUUCGAAUGAAUUGAAAGAAAGUCGGUUAUGGUGGGAAGGACCUGCCUGGUUGAGAAGUUCUGAAGAAGAAUGGCCAAAGGAUCGACGAUCGGCAUCUUUAAAUGAAUAUGUUGAGAUUGAGAGAACGCAUCAAGCCAGUAUCAAUAGUUAUGUCAUACAACCACAAGAGAUAUUUAUUGACUUUGCCAGAUUCAGCAAGUACAAUAAGUUAUUGAGAACCAUAGCAUGGAUAAAGAGAUUUAUCUACAAUGCUCAAGUUAAGCAGGACGAAAGAAGACAAAAUGUCUUAACUGGAUUAGAAAUCCAAGAGUCAGAACGUUGGUUGGUCAAUCGAAUCCAAAUAGAACGGUUUUCAGAGGAAAUUUUGUUGAUUCGACAAAGUAAAGUAUUGAACGAUAGUAAAUUAAGAAACUUGAAUCCUUUCUUGUGUCAGUCUACCGGUUUGCUUCGUGUUGGUGGCCGAAUCCAUAAAGCUGAGUUGCCCGAGGAGGAGAAACAUCCCAUUAUUUUACCUAGUGAUCAUCCUGCUGUAGAAUUAUUUGUUCAAGCUAUUCACCGUCGUGAAAUGCAUGCUGGCGUUGAGCAUACAUUGUCAGUGGUCCGUCAAAGAUUUUGGUUGAUAAAAGGAAGAGCUACGAUCCGCAAAAUCGUAAAGAGAUGUAUAGUGUGUCGUCAGUUUUACACCAAGCCUGUCUCUCAACAUAUGGCACCUCUUCCAGCUGACCGAAUUGUACCUGCACCUCCAUUCACAAACGUUGGUUUGGACUUUGCUGGACCUUUGUAUCUUAAGAACCGUGGUGAAAAGGCAUAUAUUUGCCUUUUUACUUGUGCUGUCACUCGUGCAGUACACUUAGAAUUGGUAAGCAACAUGACAACUGAACGGUUGUUGCUGGCGUUACGACGUAUGGUUGCGAGAAGAGGCAUGUGUAGUAUUAUUUGGUCAGAUAAUGCAAAAACGUUCAAAUGUGCUAAAAAAGAGUUACAGAGUUGUUGGCGAAUCCUGGAAUCCGAAGAAACCCGUACAGCUUUGUCUGAGAAGAAGAUUCAAUGGAAAUUCAUAGUACCCAGAGCCCCUUGGUGGGGUGGAUUUUAUGAACGUCUCGUGAAAAGUGUUAAGUUGCCGCUGAAGAAAAUCUUUGGAAAUGCAAUGUUAGACGCCGAGCAAAUGACCACCAUUUUGACGGAGAUCGAGGCUCAGAUUAACAGUCGUCCUCUUACUUACAUUGGAGCUGAACCAAAUGACUUAAAGGCCCUUACGCCAGCCCAGAUUCUCAUUGGGAAAAUUUACAGGCGUUUCCAAGCAAAGAUACGAAAGUUACGGAGCACACUUUCAACGCCUUAA